GUGAAAGCCACUCCUAUCUUAUCAUACUUGCAGUGACCGAGACAUCACCACUGCGAUGUAGGAAGGAUCAAUGGAAGGAGACGGAUGGCAACAGCGAGGGAGGGUCAGGGCGUGCUUCGGAUUCACUUAUGCCCGCGAUUAGCAGAUGAUCGGUGCCGCCUCCAGAACAGCAAGGGUCAGGGCGUAGCUGACGAGGGAGGCGGGGGCGCCCCACCGGCGAGCGGGCGGGGGUAGGCUGUGGAGUGCAUCCGCGAGCAGCGGGAGGAAGGAAGGUAUGGAUAGCGCAACGCCCCACCGGCGAGGAGGUGGCCCUCCCGUCGGGGGUAGGCUGUGGAUAGCGCAUGCCAGCGUAGCCCUCCCGUCGGGGCCGGAAUCACCGCCGGUCGCUGGAUCCAAUUACUUCGCGAAUCGCGAGGCAAUCAAGCGGCAGGGCAGGGCUUGGCCGAUGCGUGAUCGGGCACCUUCGUGCUCCUAUGAAUUUCCGCUACCUGUAGGUUGCUUGCUUGACCUAAACUUAAUGGAUGUGUCGACGAAGAAGCUCUGCAUGCAAGUCGUGUGGCACGUGUACCUUGCUACUAGAACGUACCAUGGAUGGAAAAUGAAGCUGCUACCUACUCGUAAUCUCUACUAUAUAUACAUCGCUCGACCAAUGUGUUAUGCAAAUCAAGUUUCACGCACAGAGCUUGUCUUGUUUGUCGAGCUGGUCCCGCGGCACCUCACCAAUCUUGACGAGGGCAACGUUCAUGCUCUCAAGCUCCUUCAGGAGGUCCUUGAUAUUUUUCUUGACGUUCUUGUGCAGCUUGUACUCCCCCACAAGUAG